CGUUCUUUUUUGAUACACAGACAACUUAGUUGAAGAUCUUUUGGGGGAUUUUGAGUAUGAUGUCCAGGUUCCAUAUUUAUUAUACCGGAAUGCUGCCCAAGAAGUGAAUGGUAUAUGGUUUUACAAUGCUCACGAAUGUGAAGAAGUUUCCAAUCUAUUCAAUAGGAUUUUAAACGCAUAUUCAAAGGUUCCUACAAAGUCAAAAGUACCUCCAGUCUCGAGCGAAUUUGAAGAGCUGGAAGCAGUUCCAAGUAUGGAUGUAAUUGAUGGUCCCUUGGAGCCACCAAAUGCAACCACUUCUAAUCGCAGAGAUACUCCAGAUGAGCAUAACUUUGUGAACUUUUUCAGCUCCGCAAUGUCAAUUGGGAGCGCUUCCAAUUCAGUAGUUCCCGGACAUCAUUCCCAUUCAUCUGCAAGCACUACUCAAACUCCGCUUUCUCAGAAUGACACUCGUACCCCUAUUGCACACGUUCAGACUCAACCUGUUGUAUUGCCUAACCCAAUGCAUCUCUUUGAGGCACCGCCUGAAGCAGAAGACAGUAGCAGUAAAAGGUCAACAAAUUUGAUAAUGCCAUCUUUGUUUUUUGGUCUGAAUCCUUCGGCUUCUGCAUUAGUAACAAUACCCUCACCCCCUUCAUCUAUGCCCACUGCUCCUCCACUUCAGCCUUCUGCUGGGACUGUAGGGCGCCCAUAUGGUGCCCCUUUGCUCCAGCCAUAUCCUCCACCUUCACCCCCUCUAUCCCUCACUCCUGCUGCUCCUCCAAACAACGGGAUUGUUAUUAGCAGAGAUAAGAUCCGCGAGGCCCUUCUCAUUCUUGUUCAGGAUAAUGCGUUCAUUGACAUGGUUUGUCAGGCACUGCUGAAGUGUAAAGAGUGAACUUUAUUUUGAGACAUUUGGAAAAAAAAAGUGAUAAAUUUGUUCAGUAUACAACUUUUAGCUUUUUGAGUAAUUUUAGAGGUAUAUCAAGUUAGAGACACUAAUUGCCCGCAAAGCAUAGCCCAAUUGAUUUCGGAAGGGGCAAAUUUGCAACAAGGUGUAUGGGUCGAUUUUCCGUUGCGUGUACGCUGUGUAGUGUGUGAGUGAUAUUUUGAGACUAUUUUGGACUAAAAGAAUGAGCUCCUU